CUGUCGUUAUUUUGCAUCGCAUAUAUAUUCUGCCGAAAUUAUGGAUUUGAUGGAGUGCUUAUCCACCCUCAUUGCACAUACGAAAAUAAUGUUCAAAUUUUUUGUGUUUUGGUUCAAUCAGCGAAAAUUCAUCGAAAUUUUGACAGACAUGGCAGAAGAUUGGAGUGAUAGUGCUAAUAGUGAUAUCAGCAUGCGUGAAACACUACAUAAAGCAAAAUUGUCGGAUCGUAUUACUAAUACCAUCAUCAUUCUUCACACUAUGACAAUUGUUACAUUUUGCAUUGGUAUCUUUCUGGCCAAUGUCGAUGUCAACGAUGAGAUAGAAUUGCCUUUUGCUACCAAAAUAGACAUUCCUUUUGAAAUAAAAACACAAUUCACGUACAGAAUUAUCUUACUUAUAGAAUUUUUGCAUUUGAUUUGUUGUGGAUGGGCCGCUGGCGUAACAAACUCUUUACUAUUAACACUACUUCAUUUUUUUCAGGUUUUACAUACGGUUGGUCAAAUUGAAAUUACGCGACACUGGUUGGUGAAUCUUGUUUCUCAUGAAAAUAAUCAUACAUCGUUCAUUGAAACUACAAGCAAAAUUAUUGAAAAACAUAAAAAAAUCAUCAAUUUUUCAAGAAAUAUUGAAAGUCUGUAUUCGUAUAUUGCGUUGCUUCAAUUUGUGUCAAAUACGUUAAUGAUAUGUAUGCUGGGUUUUCUUAUCGUAACAGCAAUUGGAAGCCCCGAUGCGGUAAAACAAAUAUUGAAAUCAUUUUUAUUUUAUACUAUAACAAAUCUUGAAGCAUUUAUAUUUUGCUAUGCUGGAGAAUAUUUACACAACAAGAGCAAAGAAAUUGGUGUUGCAGCGUACGACAGUAAAUGGUACAAUUUGAAAUCUAAAAAAAGUCGUAUUUUGUUGUUUAUUAUGUUAAGAUCACAGAAACAAUUGUCACUCACAGUAGGAAAGAUGACGGAUCUCUCCUUAGAAACAUUUACAAGUGUAAGAAUAUAUUACGUAAGAAACAUUAUAGGCAAAUUGUUCAUUUUUAUUCUUGUUCAUUGUUUUAGAUUAUGAAUGCUUCGGGGUCGUACUUAUCGAUGCUGUUAGCAAUGCAAUAACUAGAUUGACAAUCUCUAAAUAAUCACUGAGAAUUUAGUAUUAUUUGUAAAUCACUAGUUAUAAAAACACAUUUUGUAAUAU